AUGGGCUUUGCAUGUGAAGACUUAACAACCAACAGAUCACUAUCCAUUUAUUCAGGAUGGCUUGAACAGCACUGCCAACCAAACUUUCGUACGAAUGUGACGCCAGACCCAAGCACAUGUUGUGGUCCUUAUAAGCCUUUGAAAGGAUUUAAAAAUGAUAAACCACCUUCUCUUCAGAAAGCAGUUGAUGUGCACAGCCAUGAUACUAUUGGAAUGAUUGCUGUGGACAAACAAGGAAAUGUUGCAACAGGAACUUCAACCAAUGGAGCAUCUCACAAAAUUCCUGGACGUGUGGGUGAUUCACCAAUCAUUGGAGCAGGAUCCUACGCAGACAGUUCAGUGGGAGGAGCAGCUGCUACAGGAGAUGGAGAUACCAUGAUGAGAUUUUUACCAAGUUACCAAGCUGUGGAGAACAUGAGAAUGGGAGCUGAUCCCACCACUGCCUGCCGGAAAGCUAUUGCUAGAAUCCAGAAACAUGUCCCAGUGUUUUUUGGAGCUAUAAUAUGUGCCAACCACACAGGGAGUUAUGGUGCUGCUUGCUGUAAAGCACCAGGAUUCUCUCAAUUUCAUUACACCGUUUUCAAGCCUGGCCUUUCACAGCCACUGUUAGAGGUAGUGGAUUGUCUAUAG